CCUGUUGCGCUGCUUCUGCAGAAGUGAAAGUCCUCUCUUCUCCCGGCCGUACAGAGGGGAAGCUGGGACAUGUAGUCCAGCGGGACAGGUGUACUGGGAGGUCACGUGACAAGGUGUUCUGUAAAUCAUCACCCCAUAGUAACGGAGGGGGGGACUGGGAGUGUCCGGCCGGAAGUGACGUCACCGUUCACCUGCUGCUGGCUGGGCAGAGCCGGGAGGCAGCUUGUAGUGAGCGGAGGAGACGGCGCUGCGGUCCUGUACCUCGGAGACUACCGGUGCGGUACUACUGCGGGAUGGCGCUGCGGGGCUCCUCACUUCUACGGCUCCUUCUCAUCAGCCUGGGCUGUGCCUUUUUGAAUGCUUUAGAUCUUCUUCCAUCAGAAAAGAGGUUUGAAGGGAUCCAAGGUGAUAAAAUAACUCUGGACUGCAAGUUUACUCUACUGCCAGAAGAUACAGGAACCCUGGAUAUUGAAUGGUUCCUGGUGGCUCCUGAUGCCCAACAAGCUGAUAAAAUGAUAAUUAGUUUCACUGGCGUGCUGUAUCCUCAGGAUGGGCCGCUGAAGGGCAGAGUUGAUUUUGUGUCCCCUACUCCUGAAGAAGGUGACGCGUCCAUUAUCAUCUCUAAUUUGAAGGAAUCAGACUCUGGUACUUAUCAGUGCAAGGUGAAGAAGCUCCCAGGGUCUCAAAACAAGAAAGUGGCGCUGAAUGUCUACGUCAAACCUGCAAGGACACGUUGCUUUAUUGAAGGCAAGCAGGAGAUAGGGCAAGAUCUGAACCUCAAGUGUCAAGCCAAUGAGGGGUCCUCUCCGCUCACCUACACCUGGCAAAAAAUCAGCGGUCUAGGAAAAAAAUUUUUGACUUCAUCUUUGCUUCAUUUAGAUGUCACUGGAGGGAUACUUCAUGUAAAAAAUGCUACUCAGGAGUACAGUGGUACAUACAGAUGCUCGUCUAAAAACCGAGUGGGCACAGACGAGUGCCUCGUCAUCCUCAGUGUUGUGCCCCCUUCAAAUACAGCAGGAAUUAUCGCCGGAGCAGUCAUUGGGACCUUGUUGUUCCUUAUUGUGUUGGCAAUUUUGAUCUUUUUCUGCUGCAGAAAACAGAAGGAGAAAAAAUAUGAAAAAGAAAUACAGCAUGAAAUCAGAGAAGACGUGGCGCCCCCCAAAAGCCGCAAUUCGACAGCACGUAGCUACAUCGGAAGCAACAUAGGAAGCAAUAACUCAUCACUAGGUUCUUUGUCUCCAUCAAAUAUGGAUGGUUACUCAAAGGCUCGAUACAACCAAGUGCCCAGCGUGCCCAGUGAAGAGAUGGAGAAGCCACCAAGCCAAGCACCAAGCCAAGCACCCAACUACGUACCGCCCAAGGUAGCUGGUCCAAAUCUUAGUAGAAUGGGAGCUAUCCCUGUCAUGAUUCCCGCACAGUGCAAGGAUGGCUCGAUAGUCUAGGUCAUCUCCAUCUUGUGAGUAAUAAGUGGUUGUCCCAGCGUCCUUCAGACUUUUUGUUGGUCGUGUUCCUCCCUCUACGUUCCAUAGGGACGCCUCGCGCUGGGUCGUUAUGGAUAGACAAAUCCACUCUGUGGUCACACGACUGGUUCUGCACAUUUAUUCUGCUGUUUGAUAGACAUAUCACAUGGAGGCAGUUUCCUUUUUUUGCAGUUAGGAAAUUCACUGAGCUAAUUAAAAAUGUAAUGGGGGUGGGGACCCACUACUCGAGAGAAGCGAGCUAGUGUCUCCCACACUUCCCAUUAUUUUCAUGGGAGGUACCAGUUAAGUAUUAGCAUUUUUAUGUGUAGUAGUUGUAUAAUUUUUUUUGUCUUUCUAUGAAUUGUAGUGUACAAAAGAUGAUCUUGUUUUCUAGAAAAGCCUUUGUCCAUAGCAUGACAUGUGCAGGAAUGAUGCGUUCUUAUUUAUUUUGCUUCAGUGCUGGUUAUUAAUAAGUGGACAGUAAAGUCGUUCCUUUUUUUUUUGGUGUCAUAAGACAUACUUCGUGAAGCUUUAGCUUCUGUCUGAUCCAGCAGGACUUAAGGUUGAACAUGAAAAGCACUAGAAACCGUUUAUUGGCUACCAGGGUCGUUUGUGGUUGGUCGUUCACCCAGAUUGUACUGGGCAUGUAGCAUCUUUAUGUUCCCUACCAUUGUCAAACCCAACAGGUAACUUUUAUAUAUGUUGAUUUAAGUCCUUGCUCAAUGGGAAAUCCCAAUUGGAAUUGGGUAGAAGGCCACCGAUAGUGCUUUACAAUAUAUAAGUAGACCAGGGGUGCUGAUCCUGGGGGAGUGAGCAGUGCUGGUUCUUAUAGGUGUCCAUAGGCUUUAGAUUAAUAUUGGCCAAGUCUGGAACUGACCAACCGUGUAAUGUGUAUGUAAGUAUCCUGAUCUACCUGGCUUUUGGCAGAUGUCUUGUGGAUUUCAACAUGCCCAAUCCUUUGCUCUCAUUGGAGAUAAGCCACUGCGAGAUGUAUCUGCCAGUGGCUCAUUACCCUCUCCCCAUUGAGAACAGGCAUUACUGGCCGAGCAAAGCAUGCAUGUAUGGUGGGGGGUUGGGAGGAAUGUGUUUGGCCAACAAGUGUCUAAGGCGUAUGGCUAGCUUAUUUCGUGUCUGUACAUGCGGCUCUAAGGUUGGAGUUCCAUGCAUUGAUCUCCAUGUACGUUCAUUCCUAUAGGUAUGGUGAACAUUGACCCGCUCCUCAACCAUAGUCUUUAAGACUAUGUAUUGGGACAUAGUUUUCAAAGUUCAGGCAGCGUUCCAUAGUUUCAGUGGGGGCCCUCUUCCUCCAUGACCAGCUUCACAGUAAUUUGCUGCAGAUCACUACUGACAUCAUGGUCCUUGCGUCCAACCAUUGUUCGUCCAGUUAGUAGUGAUGGUGGUUACAUUCUGUCACCUAUCGAGACUCCUAUGUAAAUCUGAAAAGAUUUUCUAUGGUACAGGUUGUCCUAGUAUCACCACAGAUAGGACAACGCCAUGUUGGGUUAGUUGUAUGUUCGGUUCCUUGCUGCAGUAUAAGCCCAGUUAUACGUCUGCUCCAGAUCUCCCUAAGAUGGUGCCUUUAUAAAAAUGAACCUUUAUGCAGGAAUGUAACUCUGUGACCACCCUCGUGCCUACAUUUGUCUUUCUUAAGGUGCUUUAGAUGUGGGGGCACAGACUUCAGGAUGGGAGCUCACCUUUCUACGAUGAUUAAUUGUCUCUGUACCAAAGCCGUUUUCAUACCCAGGAACUUCAUCCCUACACGAGGAGGUUUCCUAAUUGGCUUCACACCCUGUAAUGUUCUUGGGUAUGACGGUGGCUUGAGUGUGUUUUCCUGCUUAUUUUGGCACAGUUCAUCAUUAAAUUAAUUUAAAUCUCCUACAAAAAAAGUGGUGCGCCCAUUUAUGGGUUUGUACAGAGUUUGAAAAACAUGGCUGCUUUCUUCCAGAAACUGCCCCACCAUGGUUUGUCUGGUAUUGUCGCUCAGCUCAAUACCGCACACAACCUGGGAACAGAUGUGGCCAAGUAGUUACUAAAACAGACAUGUCGGGAGAGGCGGCAGGUCCCCUUUAAAGGGGAGUUCCACAAAAUAGUGUACCGCAAUCUGACUUAUCUAGACUUGUCCGACAACUGCAAUGGCUCCCAUAUAUGCCCUCCAUGGAGCUCCCGAAACCCUUUUUUUUUACUAGAAUUCUGCAGUUGAGCACUUAUGGCACUGCUAUAUGUGACGGACUGUCACAGGCUGGUUUCUUCUAAUUUCUGUGGCACUGAUGGGCUUUCUUGCUUUUGAGAUGCCUCAGUCCCUUUUCUAAUAUGAUUUUAAGUGGAAUUCCCCUUUAAAGGCAUACAUUGGGGGCAGAUUUACUAUUGAAAAUGCGCCAGUUUUUAAAAACUGGCCUGCAUGCUUUACUCACAUUCACCAAAUGUUGUAAACACUUUUCUAAGCAUAUUCUGCCUUGCCCGACAAUGGGAGCGACUUCACAGGAAUGGGGCAUGACCUAAAUGCACGUUGGUGCUCCCAAAAAAGCAACACUAUUUUGGAGCUUUUUUUAUUUAUUAUAAACUAUGCCAAUUUAUAGGCAGAGUAAACGUUGACUAUUUUUGACACAUGGACAGAAUACUAGCAUAAAUCUGGAGCAGGAUUUACGAUACUACAAAUUCAUAAGGGUCCAUGCACCAGAAUAGUACAUUUUGUCUGUGGUUCAUAUUCUUAGACGGUGUAAGGCGCACCACUGUUUGUAAAUCUGCCCCAUUAUGUCGGCUCACUGGAUCUCAUAACUGAUGGGUAGGCACCACAAUCAUUUAAUUUCAUAAUAUGAUGGACUGUGCCAAACUUUUUCUAAAGUGUAAUUGGGGUAAAUGUGUCCGAAUUUAUUUUUAAUUUUUUCCUGUUACAACUAUUUCUCAAAUUUGUCAGAAUAGUUUAAAAAAUGUGAAAUGAAGCUUGUUUUGCUUUUUCUGAUCGCUGAAUUCCCAAAGCAAAUGUGUAAAUACCGAAUAAUUUAUCAUUGACUGAUCUUUAAUCUAGUGACGCUGAGGAAGCGGCAUCUCUAACUGUUAAUGGUCACCACAUUGCAAUUACAUUAGUUUUUUUUAGUUUAAAGAAAACUUUCUACUUUUCUCAAUUUUUCCCUAAAAAAAUAAAUAAAUAAAAAAAGUGGAAAUCGUUAUGCAACUGCAUUGUGUGGGAUCUAUCCUUAAAGUGAAUGUCCAUCAUAUUUAUUUAUUUUUAACCCAAAUGGAUCUAAAAUCCUGAGAUACAGCGCUCCAAAUCCCUUACAUAUAGUGUGAAAUAAUGACUGUCUGUCUGCUGCCACCACUAGAGGGAGCUUAAGAGCGGACUGCAUACUGUUGAGUUCAAGCUGUAGGUGCUCCCUCUAGUGGUGGAAGCUGGUUGCCACAAUCUAACUCUAGGUUUUUGCAGGGGAUUUUGAGCUCUGUCUUAUAAAACUUAAACUUCCCUUAUACUGAUGUGUUAAGAAAUGUAAUCGACACAGACUUUGAGACCUAUGAACAACAUAAUAAAGGGUGGAGGUUCACUUUAAAGAGGUUUCCCCAUCUCAACUACCUGUCCCCUAACCACAGGUACAGGGAUAAGUGACUGAUCAGUGAGGAUUCACCCGCUGGUGCCCCUGCUGAUCUCUAGAACAGGGGCUCAUGUUACCCAUUUGAAUGAAGCAGGAAUACGUGUGCACGUGUGCUCCAUUCAACUCUAGCACUAGUAUUUGCAUAUUUCCCGCAUCCACAUAGAGUUGAAUGGAGCAGCAGAAACACAGGCUCAUGUUCUAAUGAUCAGCAGGGACCCCAGCAGUCGGGCUGCCGCUGAUCAGACACUUAACUCCUAUCGUGUGAAUUGAGGAGAAGUUGUUGUCAUGGGACAACCCCAUUAAAGGUGUUGUCCAGAGCUAGAAAAACAUGGCUGCAUUCUUCCAAAAACAGCACGUCCCCUGUUCAUGUGUUGCCUGCUAUUGCGGCUCAGUUCCAUUGGAGUCAAUGGGGCAGGGCUGUAAUACCUGACACAGCCUGUGGCAGUUUUUGGAAGAAAGCAGCCAAGUUUUGCUCACUCGGGACAACCCCUUUUUAAGGUCCAUUACCUGUAGCAGCUCGGCUCAGUUUCUCUAGGAGAAUAUCCCCGUUUCCUUUAGAAGACCUGGCCGAGCACGACGAUUGCAUCUCCUUUUUAUAUAUAGCUUUCCUAAUGAAUUUUAGUGACACUUUUGUGUUGCUCUUUAUCUUCUUUUUUAUGUACACAAAGGGCUUUCCACCUUGUAAAAAAUUUUUUCAUAGUUUUGUGAAAUUAUUGUACUUUUUAAAAUAAUAAAAAAAAAAUAACCGGUGAAAUCCGGGUUUGUCUCUUUCA